AUGCCAGCUAAUUCGAAAGGUUCAAAGAAGCCUUUGAUUGCCACCGAUCUCCAGCCGGUCAAAAUCGCCAUCAUCGGAGCAGGCAAUGUCGGGGCUUCUACUGCGUACGCUCUUCUGCUGAGUGGGCUCGCAGCCGAAAUCGUCUUGAUCGACCUCAAUCGAAGCAAGGCGGAAGGCGAGGUAAUGGAUCUGAAUCACGCAGCUCCCUUCACGCAUCAAACCAAGGUGACGUGCGGCGAUUUCGAAGACUGUGCGGGUGCUGCGGUUGUCAUCAUCACUGCUGGGGCAAACCAAAAGCCCGGCCAAACGCGAUUGGAACUCUUACAGGUCAAUGCCAAAAUCAUUGAGGACAUUGUUCCUAAAGUCACGCAGAGCGCCCCAUCCACUAUCCUUCUGGUAGCGAGCAACCCAGUGGAUGUUUUGACCUUCCACAGUUGGAAAUUGUCCGGAUUCCCGCAGAGCCGUGUCCUCGGCUCAGGUACCGUCCUGGACACGGCACGCUUGCGUUACAGCAUUGGCCAACGAUUGGAUGUUGACCCGAGUAAUAUUCAUGCCGAUAUUGUGGGGGAGCAUGGUGAUAGUGAACUGCCUGUGUGGUCGCGGGCCAAUAUCUCGGGAAUUGCUUUGGAUGAGUUUUACCAAACUACAGGCCAAGACGUUCAAAAGAUUAUGCAAGAGUCAUUCCACGAGACCAAAAAUGCCGCUUAUGAGAUUAUCAACCGGAAGGGCAUGACGGACUUUGGAAUUUCUGCUGGCUUAGUGAGAAUUGUGGAGGCCAUACUCAGGGAUGAGAACACGCUCAUGACGGUUUCAACAGCCGGGACUUUUGCAGGUGUGCAGGACAUUGCGUUGAGCAUGCCCAAGAAGGUCAAUCGAACCGGAGCCCACCAUGUCAUCGACAUCAAAUUGGCGUCAGGAGAAAGCGAAGCUCUAGGGAAGUCGGCGCACACUAUUAAAUCUAGUUUAGAAUCUUUGAAGCAGUAG